AUGUCUGUUACUGCUGCUGUCGAUGCGGCCUGCAUCUUCUGCAAAAUCAUCAAAGGCGAAAUUCCAUCUUUCAAACUGAUCGAAACGAAGUACUCGUACUCUUUCUUGGACAUCCAACCUACCACCGAGGCCCACGUUUUGAUUAUCCCCAAGUACCACGGUGCCAAACUGCACAACAUUCCAGAUGAGCAUUUGGCCGACAUCUUGCCUGUUGCCAAGAGACUGGCCAUCGCGCUGGACUUAAAUGUGGAAUCGCCUGAGGGUGUGGGUUACAAUCUGCUGCAAAAUAACGGCCGGAUCGCCCACCAGAUUGUCGACCACGUACAUUUCCAUUUGAUCCCCAAAAGAGAUGCCGAAACAGGUCUGGUCGUAGGAUGGCCAUCCAUCGACACGAAUUUUGAAGAUCUGGGCCAAUUGCAUAAGAAGUUGCUCAAGAAACUCGAAAACUAA